UCGUAGUGACUGCCGUGUUCGGUGGAUGGGCAGACAUGGGGAACUCGCUGUUGCACGAGGCUGCAGGAGCCGGGGACGAAGCAGAGCUCUCACGACUGUUGGACGAAGGAGACAGUAUCUACGCCCGCAAUCAGUUCGGUGAGGCCGCGCUGCACAUUGCGGCGGGGUACGGACACACGCAAUGCAUCCGACUUCUGCUGGAGCGGGGUACAGACCCAAACAUCAAGGACAACAAGGGCAACACUUCACUUCACGUCGCCUGUGACUACGGGAGGGUUCAUUGUAUCAACUUGUUGCUGGACAGCGGCGCAACACUGGACUCCAGGAAUGAGAAGGGGAUGACUGCUCUUCACACUGCCAUCCUCAGGGGGCACAGCGAAUGUAUCAAGUUGCUAAUUGAAAGAGGCGCUGCCAUCAACCUACGCACCGAAAAUGGGGAAACAGCCCUUCAUUUGGCAACAACUAGGGGAUUCUCCGAUGUUAUUCAGUUACUGCUGGACAACGGCGCGGAUGUGCAAGCUGUCAACAAGAGUGGGUCAACCGCGUUGCAUUACUGUGCACUGCAAGGGAAUGUUCAGGGUCUGAAGCUUCUGACUCAGAAUGGUAAAGGUACACGAAAGGAUGAAAAUGAUGGGAGCACCACCAAACACUUAACAGCCAAGGGUGGGAAGGGAGUGUAUGUGAAAGGUUUACGAGACAAGGAUGCCAGUAUUGAAGCCAGGAACGUGGAAGGCUCAACAUGCCUCCAUUUGGCAGCAGCUAAUGGCCACCUUGAAUGCACCAGGCUGUUGCUAGCCAAGGGAGCUGACCCAAACGCAACUAACAAGGGAAGAGAAACUGCACUACAUCUCACGGCCGAAGCUGGCCACAGUGACUGUCUCAGAGCUUUGAUUGAUUCGGGAGCGAACACAAACCUCAAAGGAGGUAGGGGAGAGACGCCCUUGCACAAAGCAGCUAUCUGCGGGCACCUGAAUUGCCUGGCGUCAUUGCUACAGAAUUCAGCAGAUCCGACCAUCAUUUCUGAGGCGGGCUACAAUGCACUCCACAUGGCGUCGAUAGGAGGACAUUCAGACUGCGCUGCCUUCAUUCUAGACCACGACGGUGGGGUUUCAAACAAAGACCUCGAAGUUGAGAAAGCUUGUCUACUGGCAGCUACGGAAGGACACUUGAAUAUUCUCAAACUUCUGGUGGAGAAAGGCUGUGACAUCAAUGAGAUUCUUGAUGGGCAAGGCACUGUGCUCCAUGCCGCCGUGUCCAGUGAUCACUUGGACGCUGUUCUCUAUCUUCUGGACCAUGGCGCAGAUAUUCAUGCGACAAAUAGACACGGAGCGACGCCUCUGGACCAGGCAGCAUUCGAAGGGCUCGAUCGCUACGUGAAGCUGUUCCUAGAGAGAGGUUCGAAAGUCAACAGACGAACAUACAAGGGAUUCACUGCUCUUCACAUCGCAGCAUCGGCGGGUCACAUCAACUGUGUCGCCACGUUACUAAGCAACGGUGCCGAUCCCAACAUGAGAAACAAUCAAGGAUCAACUCCUCUUCACUUAGCGGUCUCCGAUAAUAAUCUUGACUGUGCUAAGUUGCUGGCAGGGACAGAUUGUGUGGACGUGAAUAUCCAGGACUGCGAAGGGAACACCCCGCUACACGUUGCUGCAGCUAACGGUUGUGCCGAUUUCGUCGCCCUUCUGCUGGAGCACGGGGCAAAUCCUGACGUUAGGAACGAUUCGAAAGCCACUCCUCUGCACAGGGCUAUCGUGCACGGUCACUUGGAAUGUGCCAAACUUUUGAUUCAGAGGGGCGCAGACUGCAAUGCCACCGUCGACGACGGGAGCAGUAUGCUUCACUUAGCAUCAUCCAGAGGGCAUGCCAACUGCCUGUUAUACCUCCUAAAGAAAGGGGCUGAUCCCUCAGCAAGAAACAAACAGGGCGCCACGGCAGUUCACCUCGCCGCAUUUCAAGGUCACUUGGAGUGUCUACGAUUGCUAACUGAGAUGGGUGCUGAUGUGAACUUGGACUGCGGGGGUCAAGGCACGGCACUGCAUGCUGCAGCAUCACGAGGUCACACCCGCUGCAUCGCGUUUCUCCUCGAACAUGGAGCAAGCUCCGAUGCUGUCAGUGAACAGGGAGCAACUGCAUUUCAUAUGGCGGCUCUAGAAGGACAAUUAGAAUGUUUAAAAUUGUUCCUCGAUAAAGGAAUUGACGUGAAUGUCUGCGGUCGUGGCACGGCUCUGCAUGCGGCCGCAUCGAGAGGUCACGAGAACUGCAUUAAGCUGCUUCUGGAUAGUGGGGCCGAUUUAAGUGUUACGGCAGAGUACGGAACCACUGCGCUACAGGUGUCUGUAAUAGGGGGGCACAUAGACUCCACAAAGUUGUUACUGCAGAGGGGUGCCGACGUUAACCAGAGUGACGAAGACGGAGAUACCGCUUUGCAUAUUUCAGCUGCCAAUGGAGAUAUCGAAUCUCUGAACAUUUUGAUUGAAUACGGAGCAGAUAUACAGGCCAUGAAUGGGCAUGGGGCCACACCUUUUUACUUCGCAGUACGCGAAGGCUACCUCGAAUGUGUUGUUAGAUUGCUAGCAGCAGGCUCGGAUGUGAAUGAGAAGAACAAUGGAGGCGCGACAGCACUGCACACGGCAACGGCUUUUGGAUUAUCAAAUAUAGUUACAACUUUAUUAGAAAAUGGGGCCGACAUACACUGCACCCUGCCGAACGGAGACAUGGCUAUCCACACUGCAGCAAAGGAGGGCAAACUGGAGAUUCUGAAAAUCCUUCUGGAAAACAGGGCGGAUAUAGAAGCGAAGAAUUGCAAUGGAUGCACUCCAUUGUACCUGUCGGCAGAAUGUGGACAUGCAGACUGUUUGAAAUUUCUUCUCGAAAAGGGAGCUCACAAUAGUGUGAAGACAGAACACGGGACCACGGCGCUGCACAUUGCAGCAGAGAAUGGUCACGUGCAAUGCAUCACGUUGCUGAUAGACUACGGGGCAGACACGGAAAUUACGAACGAUAUCGGAGCAACGGCCCUCUUCUUUGCUGCCGUCACAGGUAACGUCAAUUGCGCUAAAGCUCUCCUCGAGAAAGGAGCUGACAUAACAAAGAAAACAAACGACGGGAGCACAGUGCUGCAAAGUGCGGCAGCAUUUGGGAUGGCGGAGUGCAUGAAAACCCUGAUACAACACGGCGCUGAUGUAAAUGAUAUGAGGUUUGACGGAUCUACGGCGCUGCACCUGGCAGCACAAGGGGGCCAUGCUGACUGCCUGAAAGUGUUACUGGAUAAAGGUGCAGAGCCAAACGCGCAAGACAAGGCUGGAAGGACAGCAAUGGUCGUAGCAUCCGAGAACGGGAAUGCGGAAUGCAUUAAAGAACUCAUUGAUAAAGGCGCUGAUAUUAAUUUGAGCUCAGAUGAAGGAAAUACUGCCCUUCACGCAGCCUCUGUGUACGGCCAUUCGAAAUGCAUUACAUUGCUACUUGAACAUGGUGCAAAUCUAAAGGCCACCACUAGGCAACGAGCAACGACACUCCACCUAGCUGUUGACGGCGGAGAUAAAGAGACUAUUAACACUGUGCUUGACAGAGGGAUUGGCGUCAACAACCGGGAUGCAGAUGGAGACACUGCUUUGCACGUAGCUGCCAUGAACGGUGACAUCACUGUUGUGAAGAGCCUGCUUAGUCACGGUGCUAACAUACAUGCCACAAACAGAAACUCGGCAACUCCUUUAUUUGUAGCCGCUUCUGAGGGACAUCUGUCUUGCGUGAAAAUCCUGCUUGAUGGCGGUUCUGAUAUCAUGAAGAAGACUCUGAGAGGGGACACUCCAUUACACGGUGCUGCGUCCUGCGGCAACGCUCUGUGCGCCGAACUAUUGAUAGAAAAGGGAAGCGAUGUCCACGCAGCGAACACGCGUGGAGAGACGGCUCUGCAUGUAUGCGCCAGAAGGGGUCACCUAGAGUGUGUGAGAACCUUGCUUGAGCACGGGGCAGAUCCUAACAAAAAGACUGUUUAUGGUGACACAGCUCUCCACUUCGCUGCUAUGUUUGGACACUUCAGUUGCAUCGAGUUACUGCUUGAGAAUCAAUGCGACGUCCAUGCAAGGAACAAGAAGGGCUACACGGCGUUGCACUGGGCUGCGGACAGUGGACACGCGGACUGCGUCAGCAUUCUGCUCGAGAACGAGGCGCCGCCCAACCUCAGGGACUACAGCGGGUCCACGCCGCUCGACGUCGCGAAGAGAAACGAGAACAUAAAAUGCAUUGAAGUGAUAUCUGACUUUGGCGGAAAGUUCUCCAAGAAAAGACAGGGUGUGUCCAAAGCCAUCAGGAGGCUUUUCUACUGCAUUUAACGGCAGUGUGUGACCAUGUAAUCCAAGGUAAUGUUGUCCCUGUGCUUAACUAAUCAAGCACCACGCCAUGAAGACGUAUGGAGGGUUAUGUAUAGAUCCACGUAUUCUUGACCUCGGCACUAUUUGGAGGUGACUGAUUAGCUUCACGUUCCGGCCGUUUAAACCCCUGGGAAGGAUCUCGCGGCACCCAUCGGAUGUGAGGCUGGGUGGGCUCCACAAUCGGUCUGGAGGACGCGGGGAUGAGAAAAAUCUUGCCCCUACCGGAUCUUAAACUCUGACCCCUCGGCCAGUCGCUAUAAUGACUGCACUAUCCCGGAUGCACCACGUAACUCAAAGUGAAUAAAAGUCUACGCAAGCAACUGUGAUUACCGAAAUAUCUCUUUCAAAGGUUGAGUUAAACACGCUUUUAUGAACAAAAUUACGUCACAAGAUCAGGUAAUCGGAGACGGUAAUUGUCAGUAUCAUCAGCUUACAUAACCCGCACCUAAAAAUUGUAAUUACAAUCUAAAUCUGCCAAGUACUUUAGAAAAAAAAACAGUUUUAUGCUUCAUACAAAUAUUUGAUAGAAUAUACACGAAUGACAAGGCACUGAAACGAACCCCGGAUAGCUCAGUCCAUAUAAUGCCGAGUUAUCUGGGUUCGAAUCGUGGCAAAGGCAAGAGAUUCUUCUCAUUUCUACUGCGCCCAAACCGGUUCUGCUCAGCCUACCAUCCAGUGGACACCAGGGGCUCUCCCUGGAGGCUAAGGGACCGAGCAGUGAAGCUGACAACUUAUCUCCAUCUAGAUCCGAGGUUAAGAAUAUAUGGAACUACACCCCCACUGCCGGGGGUACGGGGUAAAGGCACUAUGCUACAAGUCAGAAGGUCGCGGAUUCAAAUACCGAUGAGGUCAUUUGAU